AUAUGCUUCGUGUUUAUGGUUGCAGAGGUGGUCGGUGGAUACCUUGCUGGGAGUCUUGCUAUCCUCACCGAUGCUGCUCACCUUUUAAUUGACCUGACCAGUUUCCUGCUCAGUCUCUUUUCUUUAUGGUUGUCAUCACGGCCUCCCUCCAAGCGGCUGACCUUUGGGUGGUACCGAGCAGAGAUCCUUGGAGCCCUGAUGUCUGUCCUUUGCAUCUGGGUGGUGACUGGUGUGCUGGUGUACCUUGCCUGUGAGCGCCUACUCUAUCCGGAUUACCAGAUCCAAGCAGGCAUCAUGAUCACUGUUUCAGGCUGUGCAGUGGCAGCCAACAUUGUACUAACUGCAAUUUUGCACCAAAGACACAUUGGCGACAACCACAAGGAUGAGCAAGCUAAUGCCAGUGUCAGAGCAGCCUUUGUGCAUGCCCUUGGGGAUGUAUUUCAGAGCAUCAGUGUGCUAAUCAGUGCUCUCAUCAUCUACUUUAAGCCAGACUACAAAAUUGCAGAUCCAGUGUGUACAUUUAUCUUUUCCAUCCUGGUUUUGGUCAGUACCAUCAUGAUCUUAAAAGACUUCUCCAUCUUACUCAUGGAAGGUGUUCCAAAGGGCCUGAGUUACAACAGAGUAAAAGAGUUGAUCCUUGCAGUCGAUGGUGUGAAGUCUGUGCACAAUCUGCACAUCUGGUCGCUUACAGUGAACCAAGUGAUUCUCUCCGUCCAUGUGGCUACAGAUGCCAGCCAGGACAGCCAGUCUGUGAGGACAAGGAUUGCUGAUGCCCUCAGCAGGAGCUUUGACCUGCACUCCCUCACCAUUCAGAUAGAGUCUGAAGCAGACCAGGACCCCAGCUGCCUUUUGUGUGAAGACCCACAGGACUAGCUCGCUCACACUGCCGGCUUCCUGUGUUUCAGAGGCCAUGACAGGCUGCUGCAAAGUUUCUGUAACACACGAUUAAGCAACCCUCGGAUAGAUAGGAGCAAGUCAUGGCGAUGUAAAGUGUGUGCUUUUCCUUCUUAUUAUCUCCAUCCGCCAGAAUGGAGAUGCACGAGACUCACCAGUUUUUUGGAUUAUAUCAUAAUUAGCAGUUGUGUCCAAUUAUAGGAAUGCACAUAUACAUUACUCCUAACUGGGGGGAUGAAAUAGCAGAUGUAUGCAACCACAGGUAAUAAAUGGUUCACUUCCCUACAGUAACGGGAAUAGUUGAAUUUAGGAAUGCCUCAACAUGAGCAACAAAUAUUUGAAGAGAAUCUUGAGGCAUUAGAACUCGACUCUUCCACCACCCUCAAUGAGACAUUUUAAUCCUGCUUGUAACUUACGGUGCUGUGUGUGCAAGUUAUUGAAUCACAUUUUACACUAUUACAGUUCUCUCUGUGUAAGCUACUAGGUUAUAUUUUAAUUCCCUGUGCAAAGGGUAUGGAAAGGGAAAACUUCCGAAAUUGCUAACUUUUGAGGUUUUCACAAAGUGUAACUUAAUAACUCAAGAAAAUGAGGAGUCAUGGAACAGGAUGUUUCUUAUCCAGGCCACAUGGAAGGGAAUUGAAAGAAUUAAGGUAAAGGUCAAAUUUUACACAAUUUUUAUGGAUCAAUGUUGUUCAGUCGCUGUACUGAAUUUUCUAACGGCAUAACUUUCAGAAUUUCAACUUAAUACUAUUAUAUAUAGAUAGAACAUUAAAAAAGAGUAUAAGCAAUUUAAAAAUGCUAUUUAUUCUCUCAUUCAAGAGAUAUUUUUUGAUGCUAGGCCUGGGAUGGGGACUGGGGAAUAGCUUUGUUUUGCAUUUCUGUAACUGAAUUAUUGUAGGUAAUUAAAAAGGAAACAAGUUUCUGUGGCUCAUGGCUCUGCAGGCUGGGAAGCUAUACAUGAGUUGUGGCUUCCUGUGGUGGUCAUAGAUGUUUGGAGAGUGACCAGGCAGAGCAGAGCCUCACAUGACCCGACAACCAAGUAUCCUGGCUGCCUUCUUUGCCCCCCCAAUAUAAAGCCUCAGUCCCACUGAAUUAGUGCCCUAUCUUUGUGUUCUCAUUUGACAUUACCUCCCAAAGUUUCCACCCCCCAAAACAUAACCAGAUUAGGAUUCUAUCCUCUUAUAAGUCCACAAGGGGCAUUAAGUUUCAUUAAAUUAGUUUUAGUGGGUUAGCUCAAACUGUUAUCAGUGAAUGGGGCUGAUGCAAUGCUUGCCCUCACAGUUAUUUAUCUUUUCUCUUGUGGCGGGGGCAGACUAUAUAUAGAUGAAGACAACUGGGAAAUGCCAGAAGAACUAGCCAGUCACGUGAAAACGGCACGUAAGCCGAGAGAUGGGAACAAAAGGUGUGUGCUAGCUAGGUGGAACGUAGGAGGAGUCGGGUUCUAGAACACUCAGAUCUGUGAGCAAGCCCCUGAAGAAUUUGGUACAUUUGCAGAAUUUGAGGAAGGUGCUUAUCGCCAACGGUGCACUGAACAGGUGAAUUAAAGACCAUGAGAGACGUGAAGCUUCAGAGAGAAGUCAGCCAAGUCAUUAUGCAAGAUCUACCCUAUCCUUAAGCUUACCUACGCUUUCUCUUGGAAUGCACUUUCCUGUGUCCUCCCCCCGCCCAGCCCUCCUCUCUCUUAUUCUGACCAAGCACUCUGUUUCAACAGUUGGUCAUUUCUGCAGAAGUGUGUACAGAUGAUUAGUGUGUAUUCAUCGUAAGAAUAAAGCGUGGAGUUUAAAAAGCAAA